UUUUUAAACGGAAUCGAUCGUAAAAAUUAAAUUUUACCGAUUCUGUGCCAUAAUAAAAAAAGGGUUUUAUUUAGGUUUAUUAAAACCAAUACAAAGUUAUAAUCAACAAAAUGUUGAAAGAAAUUCGGUUACAGGAUCUCUCAAAUUCCUAAAAUCGAACCUAUUUACAUAAACCGAACGCACCGCAUUUUACUGGAAAUGACCUAAAAACGAAUGAGUUAUCGAUGUCAUUGCACGCAGGGGCGGCGAACUGGCAUUUCUUACUCUGUAGCACAGGUGGUUUUUGUGACACACUCAGCUUUUGUGCGGGCACGCAAUGCAGUGCACCUAAAGGAAAUUUCGAAAAUAUCCAAAAAGUCCCAUAAAUGAAAUGAAAGAAUUUGAAAAAAAAAAUUGGAAACCUUUACAAUCUUUUUUUUUAUAUACUAUCCUAACUUGGAGACUCCUUUAAAACUUAUGUACCCACCUUAGGCUAAAUAUAUUGAUAAGAAAAGUUAUUUUUUAUAUUGUUACUCCCAUAAAUAUAGGUUCACGUUUUAUUUCCAAAGAUAUGAUUUUAAACAAUGAAAAAACUUUUUAUUUCAAUUUUUUCCUGAAAACAAAGUGGCAUGAUGCGGGCAUGGGUUGCAAAAAGUUAUGGAAUUUCAACAAGAAGCCCCAAAAAAAGAAUGCUGUUUGAAGCGAGAAAAUAAAAGAAGGUUGAAAAGAUGACAUCAAGACUUGCCCAAAUGCAGGCUCGCUUUCAACAAAAGCAGAUGCUAGAAAAGGAGGAGAAGCUCCUCAAACUCUACGAGAGUCAGCAGCAGAGGGCGUUCGAGCGCGUUGGUCGCGGAAGCGCCGGCAGCAACACGAGCAACGCUAGCAUAGGUUCCAACGGUGGUGGCAAAGUGCGACAAAUGUUCGACGAGAGACGUCAAAAGGCUGGAAUCGACAAAAGUUACCCUCUAGAACCGCUCAAGUCAAAAAACGCCGGCCGAGGACCGAAUACGGAUAGACAAACUAAAGGCGCUGGUACAAAGACGGUUGUAAAGACUGUGAAGGCUGUUGGUAUGAACCAAAACGGCAAAACGGUCGUCAACAAACGUGAAACAGUACAGAACAACAACUAUAGAAAUAGCGCGUCGGAGGAAAGUGAUCGGGUCGAUAAUAAUUCUCGCCACAUACUCGAUUUGAUGAAUAAUCACAACUUGAAAGACUCUUUGGAAAACGAAGUGAUGUCGCAGCCCGACGUUGAGGAGAAGGCUCACGGAGCGCCUUUGUACAUGACAGGAAAACUGGCCAAUGUCGGUGGCAAGCUGCCAAGUCAAAUGCAAGAAGCCAGUAUUGAACAAAACGGGGCGGUCCAGAAAAGUACUUCAUCUAUGGAGCCACGGAUCGCUUCUAAAUAUUCCCCUAAAUCUUCGACCGUGCCGAGAGCCCAUUCUUCGGCAUCGUCUUCAAGUACCACAUCUCCGAGUCCAAGGCCAGAGAGUAUGCAAUCGUCCAAAUCGAAACAAGGCGCUUCGCCCGGAUCAAGAGCAUCGCCCAACGUGAAACCUUCGGCGAGGCAGAUAGCCAAAUCUCCCGUCGUUCGGGACGAUUUGUCCGAAUGUAGGUAUUGUGGACGGAGGUUCGCUACCGACCGCCUGGACGUCCACGAGGACAUCUGCGGCAAAAGCGGAAAGAAGAAGAGGAAAGCUUAUGACGCAACCAAGCACCGCGUCCAGGGCACAGAACUCGAGACUUACGUACUGAGGGGUCCGAAAAAAGGCACCAAUAGCAAGAAAGCCAAGGAACCAGAAGCGACAUACGAAAAAAAGGCAAUUGCUGCGAAAUCAGCAGGUUCCAAGAAAGACUGGCGAAAAACUCAUGAAGAAUUCAUUGCAGCGAUUAGGGCUGCCAAGCAGGCCCAAGCACACAUCGCAGCGGGGGGCAAAUUGGCCGAUUUACCGCCCCCGCCGCCUUCGACCAAUCCGGAUUAUGUACAGUGUCCGAGUUGUGGAAGAAGGUUUAACGAAGCCGCGGCCGAACGUCAUAUCCCGAAAUGUGCCACAUUCCAAUUUAACAAGCCGAAAGCGGGUGCUUCGCAAAAUAAAGGACGACCGGGAAAACGAUAACGCUCCGUUGGACGAUUAUACUAAAUCUUUGUUGAAAUUUUUAUAAUAUUGCCUUUUGCAGGGAUUCCAUUUUGAAUUUUUAUAUCCGAGAAAUGUUUACUUAAGAAUAAAAUGGUUGUGAAUGGUAUUCCCAGGAUAACAGGGAAACGUUUUGUAUUGUUUGUUUUGUGAUAUCACUUUCUGGAUUAAGAUUAGCAGAUUUUUUUGCGGUACUUUGUUUAUGCUGAUGUUUUAUUAUGCGCAGAUUUGAGUUUUCGUUUGCGUAGUUCAUAAAUCAACAUACUUUGUCAAUUCGAGAGUUUUUAAUUUUGACAUUUUUAACAAGAUCUGCCGGGAUAAUGGGAAAUUUUUAACGGAAAAAACGGGUAAAGUGUGUGUAAAUCAUAUAGAAAGCAAAUGACCCAAAAGUGCAGGUUAGUUUUGUGUGUACAAAAAUGUUAUAGCCACCAGAGGUGCAUUAAUUUUAAAAUAGUUAGGGUCCCUAUGUUAUCUGAUAGCUACAAUAUGUUCGAAAUGUCCUUCAAAAUCGAUUAUAUCAAUAUUUUUAGUACUUCCACGAAGGCGAAUCAGUGCCAUAUUUGUUCAAGAUGAUUCGGUCGCAGACUAAUUAAGCAUCUUUAUUUAACAUUUCAAAGCUGCGUUGGAUACUAAUAAAAUUUAAUUUUAAAUUUAAUUGCACCAAAUUACCUUAACUAAUUGGUUAGAUGUUAUCUUUUUGCUAGCUUUUCUUUGGACAUAUCUCUUCGAUACUUUCCUCGUUAAAUCUGUUUCUUUUGACACAUGACCAUUAGAAUAGAAUUCAUUCUAAAGUGUUAUUGUUCUUAAAAGAGGCGCCUCAUUAUAUUUGGACUCAAUUUGAGAGAGAUGGUGACAUGAGGGAUGAAACGUCGCUAGCUUAUAAUAAUAAUUCGUGGCGUUUAGGUUAAUAACGUUUAAUUUUCACAAGAUUCGUUUGGGUUCCUAAAAUAAUUAAGAAAGUGAUAUUUAAUGCGCUGUAUUUUCAAACAUGUUCGUCUCGCUCUCAACCUUAAUA